UCAGCACGCUAAGCCCCCAAGCCCAGACCGAAGCUGUAAACAAUAAAACCCAACCUCGUCCAUCACCCAUGCGCUAAAGAUGCGUUUAUCAACGAUGACGGCGGUGUUGCCGGUGCUGCUGUGCCUCGUGUGCUCCCUCAGGUCCGCUCGAGGUUACUCUGGGAACCCUCUGAACAAGUACAUCCGUCACUACGAGGGUCUGUCGUACGACACAGAUCUGCUGCACAGUCAGCACACGAGAGCCAAGAGAGCGCUGUCUCUACAGGAGCGAGAGCUGCAGCUGGACUUCCACGCUCACGGCAGACAUUUCAGCCUGCGAAUGAAGCGAGACACCAGGCUGUUUUCAGACGACUUUAAGCUGGAAAUGUCUGGACAGGAGCUGGACUACGACACAUCGCACAUCUACACUGGAGAAAUAUACGGUGAACACGGCUCUCUGACGCACGGCUCGGUCGUGGAUGGGAAGUUCGAGGGCUUCAUUCAGACCCAUCGAGGGACGUAUUACGUGGAGCCGGUCGAGAGAUACCUGCAGGACAAGAACGUCCCAUUCCACUCCGUCAUCUACCACGAGGACGACAUCUAUUAUCCUCACAGAUAUGGGCCGGCAGGCGGCUGCGCAGACUCGUCUGUGUUCGAGCGCAUGAAGAGAUAUCAGGCGUCUGCGCUGGAGGAACCGCUCAAGGUCAGACAUCUGCUUCAGUGUUGGUUCAGAAGAAGCUCUGCUGACUCUCAGGUGAUGAGACGUCUCUGUCUCCCUCAGGAGACCAUCACAGAUGACCACGUUUUACUGAGGAAGAGGAGGAUGACACAGGUGGAGAAGAACACCUGCCAGCUCUUCAUCCAAACCGAUCAUCUCUUCUACAAGUUCUACAAGAGCAGAGAGGCCGUGAUCGCUCAGAUCUCCAGUCACGUCAAGGCCAUCGAUGCCAUCUACCAGGGCACAGACUUCAUGGGCAUCCGCAACAUCAGCUUCAUGGUCAAGAGGAUACGGAUAAACACCACGAGUGACGAGCGCGAUCGCUCCAACCCCUUCCGCUUCGCUAACAUCGGCGUGGAGAAGUUCCUGGAGCUGAACUCGGAGCAGAAUCAUGAUGAUUACUGUCUGGCGUACGUCUUCACCGACCGGGACUUUGACGACGGCGUGCUGGGUCUGGCCUGGGUCGGGGCUCCAGCCGGGAGCUCUGGGGGGAUCUGUGAGAAGAACAAGCUGUAUUCUGAUGGGAAGAAGAAGUCUCUGAACACUGGGAUCAUCACAGUGCAGAACUACGCCUCACAUGUGCCUCCCAAAGUCUCACACAUCACCUUCGCUCACGAGGUCGGACACAACUUCGGUUCCCCGCAUGACUCCGGGUCAGAGUGCACUCCGGGCGAGUCCAAGAGCCAGGAUAAGAAGGAGCGAGGGAACUACAUCAUGUACGCUCGAGCCACUUCUGGAGACAAGCUGAACAACAAUAAGUUCUCCGUCUGCAGCGUCAAGAACAUCAGCCAGGUGCUGGAGAAGAAGCGCGGCAGCUGUUUCGUGGAGUCCGGACAGCCCAUCUGUGGGAAUGGUUUGGUGGAGCCGGGCGAGGAGUGUGACUGUGGCUACAGUGAUCAGUGUAAAGAUGACUGCUGCUACGAUGCUAAUCAGCCAGACAACAGGAAAUGCAAACUCAAGCCCAACAAAGUCUGCAGUCCGAGUCAGGGCCCCUGCUGCAGGGCCGAGUGCUCCUACAAGGGCCGGAACGAGAAGUGUCGUGAGGAGUCGGAGUGUGCUCAUCAGGGCAUGUGUAACGGUGCCUCGGCGCAGUGCCCCACCUCAGAGCCCAAAGCUAACUUCACCGCCUGCCACGGGGACACGCAGGUCUGCCUGAACGGGGGCUGCUCCGGCUCCAUCUGUGAGAAAUACGGUCUGGAGGUCUGCACCUGCGCCAGUGUGGACGGCAAAGACGAGACCGAGCUCUGCCACGUGUGCUGCAUGGAGAGAAUGAACCCCAGCACCUGCAGCAGCACAGGCUCCGAGCGUCUCGCCCGCUUCUUCAAUAAGAGGGUCACCACUCUCCAGGCCGGCUCGCCCUGCAACGACUUCAAGGGCUACUGCGACGUCUUCAUGAAGUGUCGUCUGGUGGACGCUGAUGGUCCUCUGGCGCGCCUGAAGAAGGCCAUCUUCAACCCGGAGCUGUACGAGAACAUCGCAGAGUGGAUUGUGGCUCACUGGUGGGCAGUUCUGCUGAUGGGAAUCGCUCUCAUCAUGCUGAUGGCCGGAUUCAUUAAGAUCUGCAGUGUUCACACACCCAGCAGCAACCCCAAACUGCCUCCUCCUAAACCUCUGCCAGGUACUCUGAAGAGACGACGAGCUCAGCAGCAGCAGCAGCAGCAGCAGCAGAACCAGCACCAGAACCAGAACCAGCACCAGCACGCUCACCAGAACCAGCGGGCCGCUCCACGCCAGGCUCAGCGCCAGCGCCAGCCCCAGCGCCAGCCCCAGUCCCGGGAGAACUACCAGAUGGGCCAGAUGAGACGCUGAUGCCUCCAGUCCAUGACGCUUCCUCAGACUGCCCUCCUCUCCGUCCUAGCAUCAGUUCUGUUUUACCCUCCAGGGCCAAGGUUUACCGGGGUAUCUGUACAUAGUGUCUCCUGUCGUCCUUCAUGAACUCCUCUCAAGACUCCUGGUUUGAUAUCAAACAUCUUUUUAAGGAUUCGUGCCGAGCUUCAGCACAGAAAAGGACUUUUAUUUUGUAAGAGCUGAAAAGUUACACCUUCCCUUUUCCGCAGAUGAGCGGCUGUAUAGAGAAACGAUAUUAGCUGUAUUAUAUGCGAGAACAGAUUAUCUCUUUUACUGUCAGUAAGAGAUCUACACUGCAUUUUUGUUGAAAAUACUCAGGACUCAAAAUUACUAAUGAAGGAGGCGGUUCUGCGUCAGUCCGCCGUUUACAUGCUUCA